GCGGCGGCGGCGGCGGAGGCGGCGGCUCGGGCCGGACUCGCGGCCCCCGCCAUUUCGGAGCGGGCGGCGGCGGGGCCAGAGGCGCGGCGGCUCCGGAGCGGGGCCCAGGCCUGCUGAAAAUGACCGAGUAUAAACUGGUGGUAGUUGGAGCUGGUGGCGUGGGCAAGAGUGCCUUGACGAUACAGCUGAUCCAGAACCACUUUGUGGAUGAGUAUGACCCCACGAUAGAGGACUCCUACAGAAAACAAGUAGUCAUUGAUGGAGAAACCUGUCUCUUGGACAUUCUCGACACGGCGGGUCAAGAGGAGUACAGUGCAAUGAGGGACCAGUACAUGCGGACUGGGGAGGGCUUUCUCUGUGUGUUUGCCAUAAAUAAUACUAAGUCAUUUGAAGAUAUUCACCAUUAUAGAGAACAAAUAAAAAGAGUCAAAGACUCUGAAGAUGUCCCCAUGGUCCUAGUAGGAAAUAAAUGUGAUUUGCCUUCUAGAACAGUAGAUACGAAGCAGGCGCAGGACUUAGCAAGAAGUUACGGGAUCCCUUUCAUCGAGACAUCAGCCAAGACAAGACAGGGUGUUGAUGAUGCCUUCUAUACAUUAGUUCGAGAAAUUCGAAAACAUAAAGAAAAGAUGAGCAAAGAUGGUAAAAAGAAGAAAAAGAAGUCAAAGACAAAGUGUAUAAUUAUGUAAAUACAAUUUGUACUUUUUUCUUAAGGCAUACUUAAGUAAAAGUGGUAAUUUUUGUACAUUACACUAAAUUAUUAGCAUUUGUUUAGCAUUACCUAAUUUUCUUUCUGCUCCAUCCAAACUGUUAGCUUUUAUCUUGAAUGCUUAUUUUAAAAUGACAGUGGAAACUUUUUCCUCUAAGUGCCAGUAUUCCCUGAGUUUUGGUUUUUGAACUAGCAAUGCCUGUGAAGAGGAAACUGAAUACCUGAGAUUUUGUCUUGGGGUUUUUGGUGCAUGCAGUUGAUUAUUUCCUAUUAUUCUUACCAAUUGUGAACUUUGGUGUGAAACAAAUUAAUGAAGCUUUCAGUCAUACCUACUCUGUCUUUUCUGUAGUCACUUAAACGAUUGAUAACCAACUAUCAUUUUGAGUUGCGAUUUCCUGCUACGCCGAGGGAACGUGAAUUUAUAGGCUCCCUGUAGGUCUGCUUGUAGACACCAUCCGUGUGAUUUCACUCACCCUAAUGAUUGUCAGGUUAUGUUGUUCACAAAGGUUUCACCCUAAUGAUUGUCAGGUUACAUUGUUCACAAACCUUUGCUCCCUCUUUCCACUGCUGUUUGUCAUGGCCAUGCUCCUAAAAUAUAUUUUUUCUAUAAAAAGGGUGGAAAAAAAUGGAAAAAAAUACAAGAAAUGCUAAGGGCCAUUUCCUUUCCACACCAGAGAGACUGCUGUGAGCGCCUGGCAGCUUAGCCUGUUAGGGUGGACCCCACAGGAAUGAGGCUCACAGCAGCCACUGGGGGCUAUAUUUGCCUGCUACGAAAUUUUUGUAAUUAUUGAGAAAACACAGAUGAAAAAAAAAUCUUGUAGUGAUUACAUAGAGUCUCCCUGUGUCAGGUUACUCUGUUGGAGCCCAACUUUGAAAUCUUCUCUUGAACUUGUCUUUGGAAAUAGUCUGGGUGCUGGCAGUGAUGUGGAAAGGAGGUUUAGGCCUGUCAGCUCGUAAGGAUCGGGCCACGACGUGGCAGGCCAUGCUCCUGGGACCGUCAGAGCGUGUCUGAGCACUGGCGCAGGGCCUGAGCCCUUGUCUCCCCACAUGGUCUUGAGUCGGUGGGUGAGACGUGGGGACCCGGAGAACCUGUAGUGCAGUGAGACAUUCUCACCGGUUGUCCUACGAACAGAUGAGGAGGAGGAAUACCUCUUUUGCUUCAGGCAAGCCACCUUCAAAAUAAUUUUUUAAAUAAAUGGUGGGUGCCGAGAUUUAAAGAAUACUUUCAACAACGAAGCAAGAACACUUCCAGGUUUCUAAUAUUGGCUAUUUCCUUAACACUGGCUUAAGUCACAAUUCAUAAAUACUUUAUAAGUCCGAACCAUUUUUGAAGGUGGAUGCUUAAGAAAUAGACAAUAAAGGUUCCUUCGAUGUGACUGAACGUUACUGACUCUGAAAUCUGUGGCAUGAGAUGGUCCAUCGAGGGGCCGCAUCGCCGGGCCGGAAGGAAGGUGGCCUGGAUUCCAGUCCUGCAUCUCCCAGCUCCGGUUCCGGACAGACCCUUCCCAUUCAUUGCUUCGUGGCCCAGGAAGUCAUCUCAAAGGCUGAAUAGCUUUACACUCUGAUUUGCAUUCAGUUUACAUAAAGAUAGACCUAUUCGUCAGUCUCGGCACAAUCUCUAACUUUUUACCUGUCUUCUCACCUGCAGCGCUAGUACUGAGCAAAAUUGUAGUUUGAUUAAAUGUCCGUUCCCGGUGUCGCCUGGCCUGUCUGCCCGCUCUGCCCGUGUCUUGUUGCUUUUUCUCUGAAUACUCGUUUCCCUAACCUCAAGAUCUAUUGCUGCUUCGGGUGUCUCCGCGAAGGCUUCCUGUCAGGCUGCAUCAGGCGCAAUUGCCCCACGCUCUCCUCAGGCGCAACCGAAUCAGACACCCCGAUGUGGGACUGGCCCGGGCAGCUCCUUUGCAGGGGCUGGCUGUAGCAAUAGCGUCUUCAUCCUUGGUACAUCAUCUCUUUGCUGGAUCGUCCUUUGGUGACUAGGAAUUUUCAGAACUGCUCUGAGUAGACGGCACCCUGUCCAACGGAAGGAGGACUGAGUAGCGGCAGCGCUGAGAUGAUGUGGAGUGUGCAGUGAGGUUAGCCUUGGCGAGAGUGAUACAUUCCACUGCUUAUUAACUCAGAUCUUACAAUGAAAAGGAGUUUGAAAUUUGAGCCUCAAGAUUUUUGGCAGAAUUCAUUUAUUCAACCGAAAUCUGAGUGCCUACUGGUUGCUGGCACUGCACUCGGCAGUGGGGAUUUCUAGGGACCCCCAAACAAGGGGACGUGGUUCCUUGAUCGGGAGCGUCUUAGUGAAGCAUUUGGCACGUGACCCAGAGAUACCACCAUGCUUAAUUUAGGCUCUCAAGCAGGGAUUUGGUCUCUUGUUUCUUCUAGUUCUAAAGUAAUUGUCUUCCUGAUUCCAAUGUAAUUGUUUAAUCAAACUACUUUAUAUAAAUUACUUUAUUGUUUAAAAGGAAUAAACUUGAUUAUAUUGUUUUUCAUUUGGCAUAACUGUGAUUUUAUUGGGGCAGUUACAAAGUUGUAUUAAUAUUAAAAUUCCCAGAUGUGAAAUACUCUAAUUGGUCUCUUUGUCUAAGUAAUUAGACUUUUAAAUGUUGAAUUUUAAAAUAGUUUUAUCUGGGUAUGACUACACAAGGUGCCUGAACUAAUUCAUAGAAGGCUUGUUUCAUCUCAGUCAGAUUUCUGAAAUGAGAUACUAAACCACAGCUUGAGGGAACGUUCUCGAGGGCAGGGUGUGAAGACUAUAGUUAUACAGUACCUCCUCUUGUUUCUACACGAGAGAAAGAUACGCCAUACUUCAGGAAUUGCAGUGCAUAGUUGGGGUGGGGGGGUUUUUAGGACUCUUGAAUUUUUGAUGUAGCUGGGUAUUUUCUUUUUUUAAGUAGUAAUCCUUAAUUAUGUGAAUCCUGAAUGGUCUGACAAAAGGUUUGUUUAUAUAGAGAUUUUUGAAUGGGAGAGAUAAUCCUAGAAGUAACAUGUUACCUAAUUAUUACCGCCUUAAAGAUAAAAAUCCUAUUGAAGUUUUAAAAAAAAUGACUAAAUUCCAUAGUGUUUGACAUUAAUAUGUUUAUGGAAGAAUGGAGCAGGCAUGUGUCGUCUGAGUGUUCCCAGUUAGGAAUUCCAGACUCGGUUAACUGAGUCACACUGCACAGGAGUUGAGAACUGAGCUUUCCUAGGCCAUCACACCUUGGCCAUCUUUGCACAAUUUUGUUCCAAUACACAGGACUGUUGUGAGGCAUGUUAAGUUGCAGUUUUCAUAAGUUCAUCUCAUUUGUAUGUAUUUCCUGUUUUUUUUCCCCCUCUCUAACCAUUUCCCGCAAGUAAUACAGGUUAAUUUGUUGUUGGCAACUGACACUGUCAUUUCCAUUUGUCAAAUGCAGUCAUUUAUUAUAUAGUGAAUUUUAAAAGAAUCCGUAAGUCACAUUAAAGCCAAAUUCCUAUUAAGUUCCUUAAUACUGGUAGCAUGAAACCUGCAUCAAGAAACUGAGCAGCACACAGUCGGCAGCUGUAAAUUCCUUCAGAAAAUGAAAAUUCUUUCUUAAAGGUCUAUUCAUACCAAUUCCGAAGAAGUCAUAAACCAGAUGAACAGUUUUUAGUUUCCUAUUUUCCAGUGCCAGUUUGGGUGAUUGGCAAUUCAAAUGAAUUUAGAGGAAUUUAUUACCUGCCCAAAUGUCAGUUAAGGGAGGGUUCCCCUGUCAAGCUAAAUGGGUUAUGUAAUGUUUUAUCCAAAAGUUUCCAAUUCCACUGUCUUGUGUUUUCAUGUUGAAAAUACUUUUGCAUUUUUCCUUUGAGUGCCAAUUUCUUACUAGUACUCUUUCUUACUGUCACAUGUUUACCUGGAAUGUAUUUUAACUAUUUUUGUACAGUGUGAACUGAAACAUGCACAUUUUGUACAUUGUGCUCCUUUGUGGGACAUAUGCAGUGUGAUCCAGUUGUUUCCCAUCUUUGGUUGCGCUGACCUAGGAAUGUUGGUCACAUCAAACAUUAAAUUUCAAAAUGACCACUCUUUUAAUUCAAAUUAACUUUUAAAUGUUUAUAGGAGUAUGUGCUGUGAAGUGAUCUGAAAUCUGUAAUAUUUUUGUCAUGAACUGUACUGCUCCUAAUUACUGUAAUGUAAUAAAACAGUUCCGAUGAC